AUGGCUGGCGGGAACCGCGCAUCCAAGAAGUUCUCCUUUCCUCUACCUCGCCGGUUGCGAGACAAACUCGAAGACUCCAACGCCGACACUCGCUCGAUACCCUCUGUCGCCUCUGGCCACGACCGGCCUCUACGUCACGACGAUUCAUCGAGUAAAGCACAUCGAAUACUAGGCACGUCCGACGGCCUGUAUCGCUCGAGCACGGGACAAGCCUCCAUACCAGCAAGCCCUGGAUACAUCUCCAUCACUGUAUCGGAUGCGAGUGUGGGAUCCCAAUUCGACGAUAGGAAUUCGGUAACGACGGAGAAUAGCGGGUACUUGAGGCGACCAGACAUGUCCAAAAAGCCGUCUUCAAAUCUCCUGGGGCGUAUGUACUCAGGGGACGGCAAACGGGGCUCCGACUGCAACUCGCUCAGUCCACGACUAUAUACACCCUCAUCAAGUGGAACUCUUCGAUCGCACUAUGAUGCGAAGAACUCACCAUUGGCCAUUUCUCAGCAAACUUCCGACUCGGCAAUUCGGGACAGGGCGUUGCGCAGAGGGCAACCUCCAGUAUUGACAGACCAUGGUUAUGAAAUCUAUGAGCCGAGCCCUGUGUCGCCUAUGAUACUUAAUGAAAAGAGAAAGAAGGAGGACCGCAAAAGCAAGCCAGUGCGGUUGGAUCUGUCCAAAUUGUUUCCCAGGCCAAGAGACAAUGACAGCCCAAAUUAUGGUGGCCCCCUGCUCUCACCUAACAAAAUGGUUAACUCACCUGCAGCCAUGUCAGUGAACUCUGGAUACUUCCCUCGCAUGAUGUCGAGAGGGUCAAUAUCACAAGCAGGGCCUACCAAACUACAGAAGACUAAUACGAGGCACCAUGAUGGUCCAAUGCGGCCCCAGCCAAGUCCGGUCCCUAAUAUGAGACAAAAAAAAGAGCACGACUAUGCGAAGGUGCACAUACGGCGGCCUCCAAGGGGCGCGCAACAUUGGUUCGAUGCUCUUGACGAAGAUAGUGACGAGAGUCCGGAAAAUACACAACAUGUACCUACGCCAAAGGCAUCUGGCCCACAUAUGUCAUACCAUGGAUCCUCGGCUGGCCAAACGUCACAAUUAAGAGAGUCAAUGCUAUAUUCCUCUCCAUCUCAAGAUCUGUCCGCAUAUAAGAGGGAUAGUUUCGCCCUGGAAGACCUUGUCGAUAUGACUCAUAUGACUCAUAUGACCUCACCAAGCCAACAUUCCUUGGGCACAUAUCGCUCACAGACAUCAUCCAAGACUAAAGGGUCGGUACUUUCAAAGACGAACCUUCAGGACUCCAGCGUAUUAUCUUUUUCAUCAUCUGAAGAUGAAAAUGAAGAGAGCCGCUCGAGAGCACAAUCUAGGACCGCCCGCCAGAGCCUAGAAUCAGCGGAUUAUAGUGCCGAUGUCGUCCUUGGGCAAGCGCAAGCGUACGAGGUCCGCCCGCAUCGCCGUAGACCAUCUGCAGGAGGAAUGAGCACCUAUUCGACAUCCACAAAUGCUGCGACGAUCGAAGUGAUGUACACACCGGAGCCGCGGUUUUCUUCGCACCAUUUCUCGCGGAGCAACACUCAUGGUAGCAGCAAGCGUUUGAGCCACGUCAGGCAACCGUCGGUCAUCCAUGAAGAUGAGGAUGCUCGCCUACAGACUGCUCUCGAGACACCUAUAUCACCAUCGCUUCAAAGUGUCACCAGUGCGCACACGUCGAACAGCGCACCACAAUCAUAUCCGGAUAGUUCGCACAAGUUUAUGCAAGUCUCAGCCGAAGAGGAGGCCCUACUAGAGCUCAUGAGGAAGAAGCGUGCAGCGAUGAACAAGUAUUGCUCGCCGCCUGGGUCUAUACAGGAACAUGACGACCGACAGAAGAAUCGGUCUGAAGGAUCUGGAAAGCCACCUCGCACGUCUGCAUUUUUAUCUAUGGAAUCCAAAGAAUCAAGUCCCGUGCGGGCUGUGGACAGCAAACAUAGGCCGCGUGCAGCAACGGAUGUCGCUACGCCACCUCAAUCACAUUCACGCGGCAGGUCUACCAAGAUCAACGGGUCAAGGACUCAACUCCGGGAUAGCUCUGCGAGUGACACUUGGUCAGACCGUCAUUACUCUCCAGUCGGUCGAGGACGACAUCCUCAGUACCUUCCGCCUCCUACAGAGUUUUCGCCGCUGGACCCCUUCCCGCAAUCGUCUCCCACAUUUGCUACCAGUGUGACCUCCCCUAAUAGCGAAGACAACCCAUCUCCCUUGCCAUCACCGAUUACGCCUGGACCUCGCACUGGUGAACCAGAUGUCGCAGUCCAAGUGGCAAGCAGCGAGACCAGCAACGAGCUUUACGACAUGACCAUGGCCGAAAGCGGGAUUGUGGGUGCACCGUCCCAUGGCACCAAAUCCGAACCGUCUCGCGGAUUUGGCUCGCAUAGACGCCGUCGAACAGCAUCUAGUGAUGCAGAAAUCAACUUUCCGACACCACCUACGUCCACUGGUUUCAGGGAUAUGAAUUCUGUAUCCGCGACUUCGUCCCGCGCGCCCAGCAUUGUCGAACCGCCAUUACCGAAAUUCCCCACGAAGAAGAAGGUCCCGAGGCAUAUCAGUGAGCUAGCAAUUGCAAGCAUCGAAACGCGAAGUCGGCAAAAUAGCAUCAACUCGACAUCACGAUCAUCAGUAUACUCACAAACAUCGAGCCAUCAGCCAAGCGCUGGCAAGCGGAGAUCACGACACUUGAGCCCCGAUGCCAGCUUCACGAGCCACCCCAGGGCGAGCGAAGACCGAGAUAGCGUCAGUGAUGACGUUCUGGCUGCUUGGAACAGCCUGGGAGGAACGUACUAG